AAGUAUAUGUAGUCUGUCUGUGACUGUCUCACUGUGAUCUGUCUGCUCCAUGCUUGUACUUUCGUUUUCUUGUGGUUAAAUUUGGGCAAGCUUUGGUAAAACUUGACUAAUAUUUCGGAGAAUUUCGCAAGCGAGCGUUUGGCAAAAUACUUACAUCUAAUAAUAUUUUUGAAGAAAUUAAGAUCAGCAUUUAACAUGAAACCUACAGAGCAUUCAGAUUCUGAAGAUGAAUUGAAUGCAGAGAGUCAUAAAAAAUCAUUAGAAAAAUUGAAGAAAAUUGAUCCUGACUUCUACAAUUUUUUGGAAGAAAAUGAUGAAAACCUGUUAAGUUUUGAUUUAAAUUCUGAUGAUGAUAAAGAGUCAGAUGAAGAAGAUGAGGAUGAUUCAGUGCAUGUCCCUGGUCCUCUCAAAGGAGACAGUGAUGAAAGUGAUUUUGAGGAUGAGGAAGUUAAACCAAUUAGAGGGAAAGUCUCUCUUAAAAUGGUGGCCCAGUGGCAAACAGAAUUACAGAGUGAUGGCAAAGUGAAGCUUGCCACACUUACCACUGUGAUAAAAGCAUUCAAUGCAGCAAUGUUGCGUGCCACCAGUGAAGAUGGUACUUCAGAGGGGGAGUACAAAGUUGAAGGUUCUUCCGUUUUUAAUGCUGUUAUACAAAUGUGUGUCUUGUAUUUACCGAAUGCUGUGAAAAAGUAUUUGGGCAUGGAACAAUCUGGUAAAGAUCCAAAAGUUUGUAAGCACUUUAGCAAAAUAAAAGGCCCACUGUCUGCAUAUUUGACUGACUUAUUGAAACUACUGGGAGGAGUCACUUCUGAGAAUAUUCUGACUGUGCUUCUAAAACAUUUACAUCAAAUAUGUAUUUACGUGGCUUGCUUUGGGAGAAUAGCUAAGAGAGCACUAAAAAAACUGAUUGUAUUUUGGAGUACCGGUGAAGAAACAGUGAGAGUAUUAGCAUUCCUCUGUAUAUUGCGCAUCACACGAAAUCAACAAACAACAUUGCUUGAUAAAGUACUGAAGACUAUGUACAUGACUUAUGUAAAGAAUUGCAAGUUUGUUAGUCCUUCUACUUGGCCUGGAAUAAAUUUUAUGAGACGGUCACUGGUGGAGAUGUUCACAUUAGAUCUGAAUGUUUCAUACCAGCAUGUAUUUCUGUACAUAAGACAACUGGCAAUCCAUUUGCGUAACGCUAUAGUGGUGCAAAAAGUAGAGAGUCGGCAAGCAGUGUACAACUGGCAGUUCAUCAAUUCCUUACACCUGUGGGCUGACUUGUUAGCAGCAACAUCAAAUAAAACACAGCUGCAGCCCCUGGUCUAUCCUCUAGUAAUGGUCAUAACUAACACUAUCAAGCUGGUACCAACCCAUCAAUACUACCCAUUAAGAUUUCAAUGUGUGGAAAUUAUGAUAAAUCUGGCCAAAGACACAAAUACUUUCAUUCCUAUAUUACCAUUUUUAGUGGAGAUUUUGUCUACAUAUGACUUCAACAAAAAACAUAAAAAAAUUUCUAUGAAGCCUUUGGACUUUUCAUGCAUUCUUAGGUUGGCCAAGUCCCAAAUGAUGGAGAACGGGUUCAAGGAUUCCGUUAUAGAGAGGUUGUAUGCCCUGCUGCUGGAGUAUACAGCUAGUAUUUCACACACGAUAUACUUUCCAGAUGUGACGUUGCUAGCAGUAAUACAGAUAAAACAAUUCCUGAAAUCAUGUUCGGUAGCUAACUAUACAAAAAAAAUACGACAAUUACUAGAGAAAAUUGAAGAAAACUCGAAGUUUAUUGAGCGAGAACGUAACAAGGUCAGUUUUGCUCUGAAUGAUGACAAGAUGAUCGCUGCUUGGGAAACUAGCAUAAAAACGAAAGGCACUCCAUUACUCAGUUUCUAUGAUAAUUGGAAUAGAGUAAACAAGAUACAAAAGCGUAAGAAGAUAACUAAAAAUGAUGAGUUAGCUGGAGAACUGCCAACCAUCAAGAGAGCUAAAGUUACAAAUGAGGAAAUUGCCAAAAAUAAAGAAGAAAAGAAAGGUCCAAUGGUAUUGUUCCCAUCAGAUAGUGAAGAUGAUAAUGUUAAUUUUGGAGAGGACGAUGUGAAGUCCUCUAAGAAACUUAAAAAGAAGAAGGAAAGUAAAAAGAAAAUUAAUAAUAAAAAGAAACCACAAGAAGAAAAGGAAGAUUUUGUUGACGAAGCAGAUAUUGUACAAGAUUUCAGUGUUACCGAAUGGAAAUAAGUCCAAUUGACUUUCGGUUCUGGAGGAUCGUAGCACUCGACGAUGAGACAGCCCGUAGGGUCCUUGCUCCAACCUUGUGACGGCGUCUCGUUCAG